AUAAGCUAACGAUUGAACAAAAAUUGCAGUGGAUGCAGACCUUGAUGAACCCAUAAAGAGCGUGCCGGCCAUGGAAGGCUUUCUCCGGCGUCGAGACCUCCCAAGCAUCUGUCGACAAGCAACAAAAGCCGAAGAUGAAAUGCUUCACUUAUUUGCAAACAUCUCCACCAGCGCUACACAAUCGAAAGGACUAAUCCUCAACACGUCAAACUCCCUCGAAGCUCCCAUCAUUUCUCAAAUCCGCUCUCUCUUCCCCACCACCUAUGCCGUCGGCCCCCUCCACGCCCUCGUCGAAUCGAUCACCUCGUCCUCUGUCUCUGCCAGUCUCUUGUCCGAGGACCGCUCUGCCCUCAUCUGGUUGGAUGCCCAGCCCGACCACUCCGUUGUCUAUGUGAGCUUCGGCAGCCUAGUCCAGCUGACGCAGGAAGAGUUUCUGGAGUUCUGGCACGGGUUCGUCAACAGCGGCCACCGCUUCUUGUGGGUGGUGAGGCCUGACUUGGUAGCCGGUGGAACGUCGGCGGCCGAGAUGGUGGAGUCGGAGGAGAGAGUGAGAUUGGUGGCGUGGGCGCCACAGGAGGAGGUGCUGCGGCACCGUGCGGUGGGGUGCUUCAUUACUCACAGCGGGUGGAAUUCGACGGUGGAGAGUGCGGCCGCAGGGGUGCCUAUGGUGUGUUGGCCGCGGGCGUGGGAUCAGUUGGUUAAUAGUAGGUUAGUUGGGGAGGUGUGGAAGGUGGGUUUGGAUAUGAAGGAUGUGUGUAGGAGGGAGAUAGUGGAGAGUAUGGUGAGGGCGGUGAUGGAGGGGAAGAAGGCGGAGGAGUUCCGGCGAGUGGCUGCGGAAAUGGCGGCCGAGAUUGGGAGGAGCGUGGGAGAAGGCGGGGAUUCUAUGUUUGACUUUGACAGGUUGGUAAGGGACAUUUUGUCAUUAAGCAUGUGCGCAUCUAUUGACGCAGCCACCGCAUCGUAGUUGUUCUAAAUAAUUUAGGCGUGUAAAUUAGCUGAUCUUGAGCUGUUGAGCUUGUUGGCUAUUAGACUAUUAGUUGUAUUAGAAAUUAAUGCACGUGGAUAAAAUUUUCAAAAUAUAAAAUAAUAUUAUAAAA